UCCACACACGUGAUCAUAUUUACGGACGCGUUUUGCCGAGAAUAUAAUAUGCAAGUGUGUCGGCUGUGGUAUACGGAAAAAAAUCAGCAUUGGACGGACGCCGGCGCAGGAUUUAUUAUUAUUAGAUCGGAAUCUGUGGUGGUUGAUAUCCCGCGGGAUAGUACCCCUCUCCUUUGUAAUCCUUGUUGUGUGUGGGGACGUGAAAAGCCGCAAAAGGACAUAUUCGUCCCACUCCUACCCUAUAUCCAGGACCAACUGUCCCAGCGGAUCAUAUUUUCUAGAAUUAUUCGGGACUCAUCGCGUACAUUUCAUAUAUGCUGCGGACCACAAGGGGCAUUGCAUUACAUAGGAAAAGGCUAUUUACUGUAUUUUAUUAAUUCAGUGACGAACUAGUCUGGAAGAGAGAGAGGCCAUUGUCUCCCGGGUCCUCAAUCACAU